AUGUUAUUGUGGAUCGUGGUCGAAUGGUGUUGCUCGCUUGAUGGUUCUCAUAAGGACCUCUUUGCACCUCUCCUUACACCAAUUUCCACUCAAGCUUUGCAUCAGUCUUCUCAAGUUCCGAAUUCCAAGUUAGCCCGUUUUAGCACCAAUGUAGCAAAUGUUAAUACAUUUUCAGAUGACGAAAAUGUUUCAAAGUUUGCUGGAACCUGUUCCCAGAUAGAGAAAAGCAACUCUGAAAGGCCGCUAAAAGAAAUUCACAAAACUCCCCAAGCAUACAGUUUAGGGAUUGCAAAUGAUCGUUUGGUGAGAAGACCGAGUGUGAGCUCACAUUUGGAUAUCCAAGGCUCUUCAGAAGUUUGGCUGCACGAUAUCAGACAGUUGAAUUGUGUAUUUCACGAUUCUUUGCCAUUAAGGUACGAGAAGAAGAUACUUGAUGAGUUAUUGAGUUUAUUUUCACGAACGCAUGACAACACUAUUCCUCUGCAUGAUGGCACUAUUGCCGAUACUUUGCGGUCCUGCACUGGUACCAAUAAUGAAUACGUAGAUUCUGCGAUACAAACUUUUAAAAAUAUGCUCGCAAAGGACAGUGUCACCUGGGUUGCAAUAAUAUCGGGCCUGUCCCAAAAUGGUCGUCAAGUUGAGGCUUCUCUGACAGUGACCAAAGUGCUCAGUUACUGA